AUGGAAUCGACGGAACAUGAGCCCAAUUCUUGGGGGAGUCAAACGGACGAGUUGGUUUCCCAAAUCCUGUCCAAAAGCAGGCCGCCCACGGGCGAAGAUGCAUACUUCCUAAGCGGAGAGGAAGCAGCCCAACGUGCAGAGUUUGGAUCGGUCGACGUACCUAUUUUCACGCAAGGCCAGCAGCGAUUCCAGUGGAAGGGGAAGGACCGCCCAAUUUCACAGCUGUUCUAUCACAUGGAAGACCUUGGCCUCGAUCGGACUGUGUCCGUUCAGGUGCCCUUUCGCAGUUCGCUUAAGGAGUUUUCGGAGCGUAGGACGCUUUUCCAAGUCCGAAACCGGUUUCUUAGCCAGGGGUUAACAAGCGACCCCUGGAACCUUCUCGAUCUGCAGGGUUCAUUGCCUUCGACCCUGCCGUCUUUUUUGGAAGGCGACAACUGCCAACUUCUCCUCCGAAUGCGCGAUGCCAUUCUAAUGGGCAACGACGCUCAAAGGAUAGCAGCAUCUGGAGAAGAUUGGAACACAUGGCGCAACGUCGUAAAAUGGGCACUCCUAUCUGAAGGAGGACAUAACACGGCGCCGCAUAUGGAUAGUCACGGCUAUUCAACCUGGAUUACGGCCCAAGAAGGAAACAUUGGCUUUGGAUGGAUGUCGCGCCCAAGUCAGCAGGAAGAAGAUGAAUGGAUAGCCAAUCCGCAUGGCUAUACCGGGGGUGAAUGGAGAUACGUCCUUUUCUCACCGGGGCAUACGGUGUUUUUCCCCUCUGGCACGAUCCACUUCGUUUUCAGGGUGCAAGGAGUACAGACAUUUGCGCUGGGCGGCCACGUCCUUCAAUGGUCUGGCAUUGAGCGGUGGCUUAGAGUGGUCGUCGCUCAAUUGAAAAACCCGGAAAUCACCAACGAGGACAUGGCAUCGAGUGCGCCAAAGUACGUUCAAGUCGUUAAGCGACUUGUUGCAAACAGGAUGAAGGCUGGCCGGGUGGAAGAGAUGGGCGGUCGAGAUGCAGUCGCCAGACUGUCCGCCUUACUAAAGAUCUCGUUCAUUCGAUCCCUUGUCAGCCUCCUAGGCGUCUGCUGCCGACAUGUGCCCCAAAACGUUCCGCUGAAGUUUGAGCCAGGGUACCGGGCCGCUUCGGAACUGGGCAGGGUCUUCCGGGCCAUAUACGGGCUUUGGGUGUGGGUCAAGUGGUAUCCGCCGCCGCCGCCGCUGCUGCUGCUGCCGCUGGUGUUACGCGUUCAACAUCGCACCCACUGCUAACGCUCCGGGUAGAAAAGUGUUAGCCAUGACAGUAAUAAGCGUCCGUAGCAUAAGGUGAAUAGGGCCAAUCCCUUAUGCCCAUUAUAUAUGUAGAUAGAUCAUCUCUUCUGGUAUUAACGGACGGUUGGACGCUAUGCGCAGAACAGGUUGACAGAAAAUC